AUGGAUUUCGGUCUUGAAACCAUGGCCGGGGCCAAGGUUGCUGGUGAGGAUCCAACAUCCCACCCGGUGUUGCUGGAGAAUGCCUCACAACGCUCUGUCGCCCUAGAAGAACAGAUACUCUCAACCUUUGAGCGAGUGAUAACAACAAAUGCACCCAUAUUUGAGUCUCUUCUGCUUCAGAUCCCGACGGAUACCAUCAUAAAGUUGUACCACACUUCAAAUUACCUCCGUACGUUCCUGCGAUCAUAUCCGACCGCAUGGAAGUCACUCUCGUUUCGCCUACCGUUUCCUUCGGGCACUCUACCAAACCCUCAAACCAACGACCCGAACGUUCCUGAAAUCGUUCCCGCACGUCAAUCCCGACCUUACGCUCUGGACAUGUUCCUGAUGAAUGUUGUGAUUCCCUUCAGUGGGUGUUUGAAGAGCCUGGAACUGGAUAACACAGCGAUUUCUGGCGAAAACCUGACCUCGACCGUGUUGCAUUCACGUCGUGAGACGCUGGAACACCUCUCUGUUCGGGGUUGCAAGAAUGUCUCUCUGAAAUAUCACAUCGUCCCUUUCCUGACCAUGUUUGCGCUCCAAUGUGACAUCGAUAUCGGAGGUAAUACCGACAACUAUCCUGGAAUGAAACGACUUGCCCUGAAGAGUCUAUAUGCCUACCGAUGUCGCCAUCAUCGGAGACGCCCCUAUCUCUCUGCUUCACUAAUGCGGAAAGACGCUGAUGCGGAGUCGACUCACGAACUUGUCAAUAUCUGUCACAAACUAGGAAUUUGGACUGAUACCGCUUGGUGUACUACACCUGCCGGUAGAUGCGCCCGCAGGGCUGGUUAUGUCAAAUCAAGAUUCCCACAUGGGGCGGGGUCGCCAGAAGUUUGGGUGGUUUUCGAUCGACUGUGGAGAUCUAAAAACUGGAUCGGUCCAGCCGAUUCUGAGAUUUCUUCAUCGCGCAUAUGUGAUGGUAAGCUGUGGGAGAAUCGCGAUACCGGAUGCUAUGGCGAGGCGCUGGGAACUGGCGAGGGCAUUGACUGGGGUGAAGGCAAAAUGACACCUUCCCAUCUCCGCCAAAGUCAUACCCAAUUUAUCGAUAGGAUUCGCUGUGAUAAUUGUCUCGAUGAUAUCUCAGAGCGGUGUGAACAUUGCAGUGUCUUGAUGCACUGCGUCGGAUGUCGUAAGACACUAUGUGCGAGCUGCGCCCACGAACGACCGUAUCUCUACAGAACGCCGCCAUCUUCAUCCGAAGGCAACCAGGCUGCAUCGGGCUCCUUCUGGUGGGCACCUGGGGCCACUCACUCCCCAGGCUCAAUGCAGGACCCUAUGGAUCUUCUAGGAGAUCCCAAUCAACCCCAAACUACAGCGAUGGAUCCGCUCCCCAUACUCAAUUUUCACUGGUGCUGCACCAAGCCUGACCUCUCUGGUGGGGGUGGAAUCAGUAUCGGACCUCGUAAUCGAGAGGUGGACCAGGUUCGGGCCGUACCUUUGCCUCGAGGUCAAGGCUGGGAGGACCUAGAGUACACCGUCAGUGAAUGGAGCAAGACAUUCCCGAAGUAUGCAUAUGGUGAUCCGAGUAAGCCGGACUACUCGCUUCAGACGGGUCAUCUGGCGAUGAUGAAGUGGCUGCUAGGACCGCCUAAUCGGCAAGUCUCACCAUGCCCGCGCAACCUGUGUCAAGGAUGUUAUGAUUCCCCACAGUGGAAGGUGCACUGCAAAAGCUGCUCAAAGCCUCUCUGUAUUGAGCAUGACCUCCGUGGGCUUCGCUUACGGAUCUGCGGCUAUCGAGAUCUUGAGACGGAAAAGCAGACCAUUCAAAACCGAUUCGCUGUGGACUUGUCGGAUUCUCUCGCCUCUAGUCAACUUCUUGAAUAUGACCUGCCAUUCAGAAGCCAACACCCCCUUAAUGCGACAAAUAAAAGCCUCAUUGAUGAUUCACGGCAACAUAGUAUGGAUGAGGAAAAUACGCCCGAGUCACACCCCAGUGAUCAAUCGGCUCUACUUUCCUUCUUCUCCAAUCAACCAACUCGAUCUUUUUCGGCCCCGGCGUCUGACCAUUCUUCCCCCCUCCAUCGUCAUCUUCCUCCACCUUCUUUGAUUCGCCGACUUUCGAGCCCCUACGAUGGCAAGGUUGUCAAUCCUUCUUCUGUCCUCCAUCUGAUCCUAUCACGGGAAUCAGGGAUGGACCCACGCCCCAGAUGCCCCAGUUCUCUCCGAGAAUGCACGGGCUGCAAGGUAUAUGUGUGCGCGGACUGCAUUGAGACGCACCCACCUUGCAAAUGCUCGUAUUGCGAGGAAAACUACUUGUGCCCUAAUUGCAUGGCGGACCGCCCGCGUGACAGUUUGUGUCACCGUAAUCAAGAGGCACAGGCGCAGCAGCGUGAGCGCAAAUGGAAAAAGGAUAUGCAAGCGCUUGAGGCCAUCCUAGAGCUCAAAGUGGCCAAUGAGCUGGCCGAGUUUGCAGGCGAGUUCUUUGAUCUCGUAGAGCAGCCCAAUCGUCUCCCCUCCAAUGGUUUCCCGUCAGCAACUACGGAUGACGACAUCGCCGAUCUUUACGAAGGUGACCUCGCAGCAGCGGAAAUCUCCGCCUCGUACUUUGAGCCUGAUGACAUUGACUGGUUCCUCGAAGACUCUCACUAG